AUGAGUACUCGCCAGUACGGAUUCAUGCCCCAGAGAAGCACCGAGGACUCCCUCUAUAAUCUAAUGCAACACAUUCACAGGAAAUUAGAUGAAAAGAAAAUAAUUGUUCUGGUUUCUUUGGACAUAGAGGGAGCCUUCGAUAGCGCCUGGUGGCCAGCUAUACGAGUCCGACUGGCUGAGGAAAAGUGCCCACUGAACCUCAGGAAGGUAUUUGAUAGCUACCCGAGGAACAGAGAGAUAGUGGUUAGGUAUGCGGGAGAGGAGUGCACCAAAAUCACUACCAAGGGGUGCGUCCAGGGUUCCAUCGGAGGACCAAUCUUGUGGAACCUCCUCCUGGACCCUCUCUUAAAAAGCCUAGAGAAUUGGGGUGAGUAUGGUCAGGCCUUCGCGGACGACGUCGUGCUUGUCUUCGAUGGUGACACCGCACUAGAGGUGCAAGGACGCGCCAAUGUCGCUCUCGAACAUGUUCGGACGUGGGGUGUCAAGAAUAAGCUUAAAUUUGCGCCCCAAAAAACAAAUGCGAUGGUUAUUACCAGAAAACUUAAACACGACACCCCACGCUUGAGGAUGGGAGGGAUAGACAUUGCCAUGUCCAGGGAAAUAAAACUCCUUGGUGUCACCAUGGACGACAGGCUGACUUUCAACACUCACGUGGCGAAUGUCUGCAGGAGGGCUACAGGAAUAUAUAAGCUACUCUCCAGAGCGGCGAGAGUGAGCUGGGGUCUCAACCCUGAUAUAGUUAGAAUUAUUUAUACGGCUACUAUAGAGCCGAUCAUCCUGUACGCUGCUAGCGUGUGGGCACCGGCGGCAAAGAAGCUGAUGACGAUCAAACAGCUUCAAGUGGUCCAGCGUGGGAUAGCGCAGAAGAUCUGUAAGGGCUAUCGAACGGUCUCCCUGAACUCGGCGCUGCUACUGGCUGGGAUACUUCCCCUUGAUCUCAGAGUGCGUGAGGCGGCCUCCCUGUACGAGGCCAAGAGGGGAGUGCCCCGGCUGGAGCUGGGGGACAGGGAGAUCGAGCGGGUGGCCCCGGCCAUUGAGGCGCCACACCCCGCUGAGCGUAUCAGCCUGAGGCUCGUGAGCCUGGUAGAUCGGGAACAGCUCAACCAAAACAGUGACUUUGAAAUUCGUAUAUUUACUGACGGGAGCAGGAUUGAGGGCAAAGUCGGAGCUGCCUUGUCUGUGUGGAACGGCGAGACCGAAAUAAAAGCCUUCAAGCUUGCUCUCCCAGGGUAUUGCACCGUCUACCAGGCUGAACUUCUGGCUAUAUGCAAGGCCACACAUGUGAUUCUCGGACACCCAGCGUCUUCUUUUGGAGUCUACAGUGAUUCAAUGGCAGCUCUACAAACGGUCAUAAAUCAUAGUUGCCUCCAUCCCCUUGCAGUAGAGAGCAGAGAUAAAUUAACAACAGCAUCUCUCCAGGGUAAGGUUGUUACCUUAUUCUGGAUUAAGGCUCAUGCAGGGAUGGAGGGUAACGAAAGAGCUGACCAGCUUGCCAAAAGUUCCGCUUUGGGUUCCAAAAGAAGACCUGAUUACGAUCUGUACCCGGUCUCAUUCGCCAAGCGAAGCAUUCGACUUGCGACGCUUGACGAAUGGAAUCGCAGAUAUCGAACUGGAGAAACCGCGUCGGUCACAAAGAUAUUCUUCCCGGAUGCUGUGACGACUUGCGUGAUCGGUCGGCGCGGCCUACUCUUUGUGUCGGUUGGUGGUGUUUUUACAAAUCCACACGACUUUUCUCCACUGACCCCAGCUCACUUCCUGAUCGGUCGGUCUCUGGCAGCUCCUGCAUGCGAAGACUUGACGGCGGCUACGGAUUCCCAGCUAACACGCUAUCACAGAAUCGAACAGCUGCGACAACAUUUCUGGAAGCGCUGGUCUAAGGAAUACGUGGUAGAAUUGCAGACGAGAACGAAGUGGAAGACCAAUCAAAGCGAUAUUGCUCUGGAUACGCUUGUCUUGAUAAAGGACGACAAUCUACCUCCACUCAAAUGGAAGCUCGGCCGUGUGAUUAAGGUGUUCCCAGGCAACGAUGGCGUGUGUCGGGUUGCUGAUGUUCGGACUGCUACUGGCAUCUUAAGACGUUCGUUUGCGAAGAUUUGUCCGCUUCCACUGCAACCGGAGGAUACAGAGGGCGAGUAA